AUCUUCCGCCCCAUCAGGGACUGGGGAGCCCUGAUGGCCUCCCUCAUCGACGAUGAGUCGGGCUCAGCGGCAGAAAAGGCGCGCGCGGAGUACCAGUGCGGGGCGGUGGUCAGUCUGCUUGCGGCGUUGGGAUUCACGCUCAGCCUGCAGAAGUGCCAACUGGUACCAGCCCCGCGCGCCCGCUUCCUGGGCUUCGAGGUAGACACGGACGCCCUGGCGUUCUCGGUGCCGGCAGACAACCGCCUGACCGCGCGCGCGCUGGCGGGCAAGGAGUCAUGGGAUGCCUGGGUAGCAGAGGCACCAGCGGUGCUGCGACAGGCGCGCCUGUUCCUGGGCCCGCUGUACAUCAAGAACGGCCAGACGUCGUUGGGCGAAGUGUGUGGGAAGUGCGGGCGGCGCUUGCUCGGCGACGGGCAGCGCUGCCUGCAGGCGGUCGUAGCUCACGUGCUCACCAAGUCCAAGUGCGCAACCACUGCGGGACGGUGUGGGGACGUGACGUCAACUCCGCAACCAACAUCCGGCACGCGCUGGUGGAGAUGCUGCUGGGGCACACGCGACCUGCAUCACUGCAGAGUGCAGACUGGCGGCGGUGGCGGCGGCGGCGGCGGCGGUGGCGGCGGCGGCGGUGGCGGUGGCGGCGGCGGCGGCAGCGGCGGCGGCAGCGGCAGCGGCAGCGGCGGCGGCGCGUGUGCGCAUCUUGGUAGCGGAGGGGGCGGGAAAGGCCACGUGGAGGAGGAGAGCGCAGCGCCGCCCAAGAAGCGGCGCAAGCGCGCAGGCUGAGGAGCCGGCUGGUGUCAAGGUAGCGGUUCGCGGUGGGGCUGGCAGGGCAUGCGUAGCGGCAUGACAAGUAGUGCGGCUGUUGCUGCGUCUGGCUACGGUUGGCUCUGCUGUGGCAUCGCGAUAGCUAGAUAGGCACCUGGUUUGGCUAUGUGCCUGUGGAAACCGACCCCGGCUAUGUCCGGGCGAUGAGGUUGUUCGGCCUCAGACUGUGGAGGGGCUCAGCCCAUUUUUGGGCUGAGCCCCCCCAGCGAAGCGUUCCAGGGGGGGGGCGAAGCCCCCCAGGAACACCCCUGUCCGUGCGUGCGUGCGUGCGUGGUGUCGGCAAAACAUAGCAUACUGGCGCAAACCGCGAGUGCUACGUAUUAGUAUUUGUUAAUGCCUAUUGCAUGUAAAUAGGUGGCAGGGAAAAUUCGGGCGGAGCGAGAAGUGCCUUCGCGCGUCCAUGGACAAUUGACUUUCGCGAGGUCGCGAGGAAAGCAUCC